AUGGAACGCAUCAUCGGCGGAAAGUACAAAACUCGGACGCAAGAACGCAUCAUCUGUCUCAACUGUGUGAGUGAUUUAGAGUCACUUCGUGGUGGCGUUGAAAAGUACGCUCAUGGUGGUGAGCUCUACGGUCUCCUCAAAGCGAAUGGUCAUCUCUCCGAACAACAAGCCGCCACUUACAUUUCAAGUCUUAGUCAGGCAUUGGCUUAUUGUCAUGGAAACUGUGUGAUUCAUAGAGAUAUUAAACCUGAAAACCUUUUGCUCGAUCAUGAGGGAAGGUUGAAAAUUGCUGAUUUUGGGUGGUCAGUGCAGUCGAGUAACAAGAGGAAGACAAUGUGUGGGACUCUAGAUUACUUAGCUCCUGAGAUGGUUGAAAACAAAGAUCAUGAUCAUGAUGUUGAUAACUGGACUUUACGGAUUCUGUGUUAUGAGUUUCUAUAUGGUAGCCCUCCAUUUGAAGCUGAGAGUCAAAAAGAUACAUUCAAGAGAAUCGUUAAGAUCGAUCUGAGUUUUCGUGAUACACCAAAUGUCUCUUCAGAAGCUAAAAAUCUAAUCAGUCAGCUUCUUGUUAAGGAUCCUUCCACAAGACUUACGAAGAUCAUGCAACACCCCUGGAUCGUCAAGAACGCAGAUCCUAAAGGUGUAUGCCUUUUUUGA